UUAACGGAGGGUGGAGAAAUCGAGGAAAGCUUUGGAGCUAUUAUCACAGGCUAAUGCUAAAAGGGUUGAAGUAUAUUUUUUCUUAUCACGAAAAAAAUGUGUUCUUGUUUCCGGUCGAGCUCGAGGAGGAGAAAAAACGAGGGGCAAGAGGAAACUAUUUCGUUCGGUGUGAGUGGCGCAAAUCUCAGGGGUAAAACGGUCCGGAUAAUUCAUGCGGGCGGGCGAAUAGAGAUGUACCCAGACGCAAUUUCGGCAUUGAAAUUGAUAGAGAAAUAUCCAGGUAUGUGCAUUGCUAGGCCCAAUGUGUUCGAAUGCGUGCACGAGUCCGUUUUAACUGGGGAUGACAUUUUAUUGCCGGGGAAUAAAUACUUUAUUGUUCGGUGCACUACUGUGGAGAAAUUGAAACGCAGGCAAUCGAGGAAACGGAGGAUUUACGAAGGUGGUAAUGGUGAGGGGGUGUUUAAAGAGUCGAACGAGAGUGAAGAUGAUUCGAUUUCGAUUUCUUCUGCUAGGGAUUUUUUUGUGUCGAAAGAGAGUUGGUUGAAUUGUAGAGUGACGAAACAAGUGAAAGAGAGGAAGAGAGCGUUUGUGCCUCCUAUACAAAGGCCGAGGCUGUCGAAGGAACCCGAGUGGGAGCCGGGUCUAACUUCUAUACAAGAGAUUUCUCCAUAAAUAUCUCUUCUUUUUUUUUUCGUUCUACGAAUUUUAGUGGAUUGUGUGCAGAUUUGUGGUGCAAAACUACCAGGUACAGCAUUUCGUUUCAAAAUGAAUAAAGAGAAUCAUUUCCAAAACCGAAA